GAAGUUAACAAAAGUUGGCGAUUAAAAUUUCAAAAAUCGCUGCGCGUGGAUCUCACUCGCGGGCGAUUUUUCUCUCCCAACUCUUCUUCUUCUGAUUACGAUCUCGUGCACCGCGUGAAGGGCCCUCCGGUGAUUCCGGCACCGCGAAGGAGCCCGUGGCUCAUGGUGCUUCAUCCGCAGUCUGUUGCACUCUCCGGCAAAGACACUAGAACGGAAUCAACGGGGGUCGUGUCUGGGGAGAAGCUUCUGCGAGACAAAGCCGGCUUGAUCAACCGGCGGUGUGGCUACGCGCUCGACUCUACUUUGGCGGGUUGGAGAUGGUCCGGUGUCUCCUUCUCCGUUCGGCUCGCGUCAUCCUGGCUCGUCGGUGGUCCUGUGCCGGCGAGUUUCCGCAGCUCGAAGGAUGGCGGCUCCGACCAGGUUCUCUGGUUGUGGAGAUUAGGGUUUCGAUUGUCUCCGGUUUAGAUCGGUUGCGUUGCUGGUUUAGAUUGGUCUAUUGGACCCGGGUCGGUUUUGUUUUGGGUUCUUGGUUUGGUUGGUGUAAUUGGACUGGGCCUAAGGGGAUUUGUAUGAGCCUAUUCCGGAAAUAGCCCAUUGGGCAUAUAUUUUAAUAUAAUUGCAAGCCUUUU